UUCUGAGUAUAUAUAAAGAGGACCUCUGGCUCUCAUUCUCAUCGCCCCCCUCUCUCUUUUCUCUGCUUAGUUUUCUGUGAUACUUAGCUCUUCGGUUCUCUCCUGCUCUUUCUUUAGCUUGGUCUUCAGCAAAGGCUUUAGGCCUGCUUAGCCUGUGGAAGGAAAGGAAAGGGAAGAAGCCAUGGGUUCGUUGAGCCUUCCCCCCAAUGUUCGGGAUCGCCUGAGUGACACUUUGUCGGCUCACACCAACGAGUUGAUUUCCCUAUUCUCAAGGUUUGUAAAGCAGGGAAAAGGAAUGUUGCAGCCCCAUCAGCUGUUACAUGAGUACAAAGCUGUCAUCCCUGAAGCAGAUCGCGCUAAACUCAAGGAUGGGGUGUUUGAGGAUGUCCUGAAAGCUGCACAGGAAGCAAUAAUUUUACCUCCUUGGGUUGCUCUUGCCAUUCGUCCUAGGCCUGGAGUCUGGGAGUAUGUUAGAGUUAAUGUAAGUGAACUGGCUGUAGAGGAGUUAACUGUGGCCGAAUAUUUGCAGUUCAAGGAGGAGCUUGCUGACAGCUCUCAUGAGAACUUUGUUCUCGAGGUGGACUUCGAGCCUUUCAAUGCUUCUUUCCCUCGUCCGUCACUUUCGAAGUCGAUUGGAAAUGGCGUGCAGUUCCUCAAUCGCCACCUUUCCUCAAAAUUGUUCAAUGACAAAGAAAGCAUGUGGCCCCUGCUUAAUUUUCUUAGGGUGCAUAGCUACAGGGGAAUUGUAAGUUUACUUGCAAUUAUAAGGCUUUUGUUUUUAAAUUGUUAGAGGACAAUCAUGCGU